GAAUUAAAGAUGGGUGAUUGGUCAGAAACUAAUUAUGAUAUGUUGGUUCUCAUAGCUAAGCGUUUCAAUUUAAUUGAAGAUUACCUAAAUUUUGCCUCUGUCUGCAAAUCGUGGCGAUGUGCGGCCACCAAGGAGAAUUUUAACACUAAUCUGGCUAGAGUUCCGUGGCUGAUGUUAGCUGAGGAAGAAGGCAAUUCAAAUCGACAGUUGGUUAGCCCUUAUAAUGGCAUGAUUAUGAAGAAGAAGAUUCCAAAAGCCAGCGGAAAAAGAUGUAUGGAGACUAUGGGAUGGCUUGUUAUGGUAGGAAAAGAAGAAGGUGAGAUUAGUUUGUUACAUCCCUUCUCUGGUGUUCAAAUCGAAUUGCCCCAUCAAAAUACCACCGAAAAUUAUCAUACUCACCACCAAACUGGCGACCUGUGGACCUAUUUUCACAAGGCAGUUUUGUCUGCUAGUCCUUCUCACACAUCAGACUACCUUCUCAUGGUAAUUGAGGGAGAUGUCAAGUUCCUCAGUUAUUGGAGGCCAGGCAACUUGCAAUGGACUAGGAUUAUAAAUACAUCCCUCCACGUUGCACAUCGUGAUGUCAUAUAUUUUGAUGGCAAAUUUUAUGCAGUUGAUUGGAGUGGUCGAGUUCUAGUUUGUGAUAUUGAAUCCAAUCAGACACAAGUAGUUGCACAACUAGCUAGGGAAUAUAAUGGGGAAGAGUCGUACAUAGUAGAAUCACUAGGAACAUUAUUUAUAGUUGUGCGUUACGGUGUUGGGAUAAGAUACAUUACAGAUGAUAGCGAGAGGAUUCCAUUGACACUUACCCAAGAUGAUAUUUUUGAUGAUCUUGAUGAGGAAUUAACUUAUGGGACAACAAAUAUUCGAGUUUUUGAGGUAGAUUUAGUUACUGGCAAAUUGACGCAAACUAAAGAAUUAGGGGACACAGCUUUUUUUAUUGGUCAUAAUGCUUCUCGCUCUGUUCAACCUUCUCAAUUUCCUGGAAUCAAGCCAAAUCAUAUUUAUUUUACCGAUGAUUAUUGGGAAUCAUACCUUGUAUUUGAAGAAGGGGGUGGCUUGGACAUGGGUGUUUUCAACUUAGCUGAUGGCACCAUCCUCCCCUUCCCACACUACAAGGGUGUCUCUUUAAGUCCUGUUUGUCCUCCAACUUGGGUCACACCAACCCUAUGUUGA